GAAGUAGUUCGUUCUGUAUUCUUCGUUGGUGCUACUACUCUCGACGUUCCUCAUGAAAGACGUCCAUUCAUUUUGUAAAGUGAAACAUUAAAGUCCGACACAUUUGCUGCCUUUUGCCGACUGAUCCAGUAUGAUUGAACCUAAGAAGAGAGUUGGAGACAUGGCGGUGGUUCCUUCGGCUGUAAAGCGGCCCCGUACGGAGCUGGUGGCGGCUGCACAGUCUCAACAACUCGUGGCUACGGGCCCUCCAAGGACCUCCAGUCUGCAGGCUCCCAUCAUGUUGAUGUCUGGCCAUGAGGGUGAGGUCUACUGCUGCAAGUUUCACCCCAAUGGAGCCACGCUGGCCUCCUCAGGAUUCGACAGACUUAUAUUGAUGUGGAACGUGUAUGGAGAGUGUGAGAAUUAUGCCACUCUGAAAGGUCACAGUGGAGCAGUGAUGGAGCUACAUUACAACACAGAUGGCAGCAUGUUGUUCUCGGCAAGCACAGACAAAACUGUAGGUGUGUGGGACAGUGAAACAGGGGAGAGGGUCAAGCGUCUGAAGGGUCACACCUCCUUUGUUAACACUUGCUAUCCAGCUCGACGAGGACCACAGCUGGUCUGCACUGGCAGUGAUGAUGGGACGGUCAAGCUGUGGGAUAUCCGCAAGAAAGGGGCCAUCCACACUUUCCAGAACACCUACCAGGUUCUGGCUGUGACCUUCAAUGACACCAGUGAUCAGAUCCUGUCUGGAGGCAUUGACAAUGACAUCAAGGUGUGGGACCUGAGGCAGAAUAAGCUCAUCUACAACAUGCACGGUCACGGUGACUCAGUUACAGGCCUGAGUCUGAGCUCUGAGGGAUCGUACCUUCUGUCCAACUCUAUGGACAACACGGUACGCAUUUGGGAUGUGCGACCAUUUGCACCCAAGGAGAGAUGCGUCAAGAUAUUCCAGGGCAAUGUUCACAACUUUGAAAAGAACUUGCUGAGGUGCUCCUGGUCUACUGACGGCAGUAAGAUAGCUGCAGGCUCAGCUGACAGAUUUGUGUAUAUUUGGGACACCACAUCACGUAGAAUCCUGUACAAGCUGCCGGGUCACGCCGGCUCUGUUAAUGAAGUGGUCUUCCACCCAGAGGAGCCCGUUGUGCUGUCUGGCGCCAGUGAUAAACGCCUGUACAUGGGAGAAAUCCAGUAGGAUGUGUGUGUGUGUACAUUUAAUUGUAUGUGAGUAAUGUGUGUGCUGCAUUUGGGAAGUUCAGCUCAGGAUGAAGUUUAUUAUGAACAGCCACAAGAGCCUCCGCAGUGUUUUUUUUACUCUGAUUUCUUUCUAAUAAACUUCUUCAUUGCGUAAAAAC